UUGAAUUAGGGGAACGUGAACCGAUUGGAAGUUGGUGACAAGGAGAAAAGCUGAAAACUAGAGAAGAAAGUCAGAACAAGAGGGAAAAGACAGACUGAGUAGGCGUCUCCGGGUUUGUGAAGAAGCAGAUUUUCUUUGUUGCAGUCAGGGGAGGUUUGUCUGCUGGUUGCAGAAAGAAGUCAGACUAGAGAUACUGUGGGGUUGUUUUGUUUGGAACGGAAAUCAAAGACCAAUUUUUGUGAGAGAAGGAAGUAACAUCUGCAAAUGACAUGCUGUUUCUGCUGCUUCCAUUGCUAGCUGUUCUCCCAGGUGGUGAAAAUGCAGACGGGUUCAAGGAGCCUGUCUCCUUCCGAGUCAUCCAAAUCUCAUCCUUUUACAACCAUUCCUGGAAACGAAACCUGGGCUCAGGUUGGCUGGGUGAUUUGCAGACUCACACCUGGGACAGCAAUUCCAGCACCAUCAUUUUCCUGUGGCCCUGGUCCAGGGGAAACUUCAGCAGUGAGGAGUGGAUGGACCUGGAUACAUUAUUCCGUUUAUACUUCAUUCGUUUUUCUGAGGCAGUUCAUAGACAUACCGGUGACUUAAUAUUUGAAUGUGAGUACAGUUUCCCCCAUGGGGACUGAAGCGUUGGGAGAGAGGGGAUGUCUCAAUGUUCCUUAUUCCUGUAGGAAACAGCCUGACCCUUUUCUGUAGAUUAUUCUAUUCCUCCCACCAUAAAACUGCAAUUGCAAACUUUUGCACAAGGUCUAUCAUCCAGACCCUAAUUCUUCAAACACUUCUGCCUCUAGUGAACUCCUGUUUCAUUGAUUGCAGGGUUGUGCUUUAUUACCUUUUCCACAGGUAUCCCAUGGUUACGCUUUUAUCUGCCUAAAUACAGCUAAAUGCCUCCAGCUUUCUCACUUCAUCGUUCAUUCUCUUCAGCAGUCUCCGCACAGACUUAUUGGAACCCGUUGCGUGCCGUUCAAUUCAAGUUGUUAUAAUCCCAGUUCUCUUACACCAAGCCCUUCCUCAACUACAGCAUUCACAUCAUUGUCUUUAAUUUUCCCUCUUCCUCAUGUUACUAAUCUUUUCCUCCACCUAUAGCUCCCACUAAUUCCCCUUUCUCUGAAUCCCUGACCAAAACAAAUUUUAUUCCAUCCCAUCAAACCCUGAAGACUCCCCCCUUCUGAUUCUACAAUCUUUGCUUCUACGCAUUUCAUUUUAUGUUUUUUUGUCCCUCUUUCCUCUAAUUCAUUACCCCAGAUCCUUUUGAGAUACAGGUGACAGCAGGCUGUGAGGUGUACUCUGGAAAGCUCUCAGGAAGCUUCUUUCGGGUAGCUCACCAAGGAUCAGAUUUCAUGAGCUUCCAGAACAACUCAUGCCUGCCAUCUCCACUUGCUGGAAAUGCGGCCAAGCGUGUCUGCAAAGUGCAUCAGCAUCAGCGUAACAAGGACCUAAUACACCAUCUUUUCAGUGACACCUGCCCACGUUUACUCUUGGGUCUUCUUGAUGCAGGAAAGGCACAUCUCCAGCGGCAAGUGAAGCCUGAGGCCUGGCUGUCCCUGGGCCCCAGUCCAGGCCCUGCCCAUCUGCUGCUGGUGUGCCAUGUUUCAGGAUUCUACCCAAAGCCUGUGUGGGUGAGGUGGAUGCAGGGUGAGCAGGAGCUGCCGGGCACUCAGCGAGGGGACAUCCUGCCCAAUGCUGAUGGGACAUGGUAUCUCCAAGCAACCCUGGAGGUGGCCGCUGGGGAGGCAGCUGACCUGUCCUGUCGGGUGAAGCACAGCAGUUUAGAGGGCCAGGACAUCGUCCUCUACUGGGAACAUCACAAUUCCGUGGGCUUGAUCAUCUUGGCGGUGAUAGUGCCUUUGCUUUUGAUAGUGUGUCUUGCACUUUGGUUCAGGAAACGCUGUUUCCAUUAAGACAUGUCAUGAGCCUUCUCGUCACUGUUCUCCUUUUGGGAUGAGAAACCAGCAGCCCAAGGGCUCAGGACACACCUGACCAUGUCGUGGUGAUGACGUCGUUUCCACGCUCCUUGUUAAUUUUGCUUGUUACUGCUUAUUGAUCAUUUGUCAAUAUAAGCUCAAUUUAAUUUUGCAGGAUUUGUUGUUCUGACCUGGGUUUCGGGACUUUGAAAUUCAAAUUUUAUCUGUGAAUGGAAUGGGGUCCUAGAAAACUUCACAUGCUCGACCACUAAUGUAUCAUCAGGCCCUUUUAGAUUCCCUUCCUCCAGAGGCCUUCCCUGACUCACACGUGGGAAGCAGUCUCGCCCUGCUCUGAACUCCCGCCACAUUUCAGUCGUAUUUGCUGAGUGUACUCUUCACUUCCUCUCCUUCAUUGCAGUUAUUUAGGUGCUGCUUUUCCUUCUAAUUUUUCAGCUCCUUCAAUGCAAAGUACAUGUGCUUUAAAUCUACGUAUCCCUGGUGAAGGGUCUUGCCUGCAUGAAACAUGUUCUCAAUAAAACUGUUGAAUGUAUGCUCAA